CUGUCAAACUGUCAAACCUGUCGGCUGUCAAACAACUUUGGAAACAAACUUUGUGCGGCGUGUUUUGACCGGACCGCGUGUGUGAUUUAGUUCAAAAAUGGGUAAAAAGAAUAAACUUUCAGCGGUACACACAGAAAAUGUGGGUCCUGCAGAGGACGCAGAGUCGCAAGAUGUGCCAUCGCCGGCCAAGAAGAAAAGCGAAAAGCAUUCACCUGCCGAAAUCGAUACACCGACGGAAACGAAUGGAACCGACUUGAACGGAACUAAAAAGGACAAGAAAAAGAAAACUAAAGGACUGCAAGAGUCCGACACAAAUAGUCACGCUGAUGGUGUGACGGUGGAACCAACAGGAGCAGGAGCGAAAAAGUCUACAAAGAAAAAGAAAAACGACCAUGAGGAUACGGCUGAAGAAGGCGCGAAACACAUCUCAAGCAACAACGGUGCUGAGGAUGUGAAUGGAAGCGUGGAAGGGAAGAAAUCCAAAAAGAAAAAGAAAAAUCAACAGCCGGAAGAUGCAGCGGAAGAGGACGAACAGCUCAUUUCGUUUAAAAAACCUAGCAAAAAACGUUCCGCCGUUCCACCGGAAACCGUGGACGAGGAAGACGAAGUACCGCCGAAAGUUUCCAAAGCCGACAGCAACGCCAUAGUGGCUGGGACAACGAUCGAUCAGAUCGCUGGCAUCAAGUUGAAAACUAAAAAGGGAAAACGGACAAAGAGACGUGAAAAACUCGCGGCGCAGGACGAGGAGAAGCGAAAAAAGUCUAAGAUAAAGGACCGGGAAGAGAUGUGCAAAUAUCUGGAGUGUUGGAGCACCAACCGGGACAAGUGGAAGUUCCACAAGCAGACACAGAUUCACAUCCAGCAGCACGUGUUUGACGAGGUUGAAAUUAAUGCCGACUUGUGGCCGAUCGCGCUGGAGUAUCUGGGUGGAUCGAAGGGCAGCAGUAAGGAGCUGUUGGUGAAGCGGGCCAAAAGCAUUAUAAAGGACGGUGAUGCGAAGGCAGCUGCUGCCGAUGGCGACGAAACGUUGCAGGCCAGUAGCAAGUACGAGCGUGCGAGGGAAUUGUUGCAGUUUUUGGGAUGAGCAAUGAGGAACACAUGAAAUAUACCAUGCAUGUGUAUAGAGUGAUCGAACUAUCGCGUA